CCGCGAGCAUAGCUAAUCAAAGAUAGAAUUCAAUGAUAAGAUAAUAAUCCGCCUAGCCAGUAAACUGUACUUUAAGUCAUUAAAUAUCUAUUAUGACGAAGAUGCAGCAGGUUCUCCAUAUAUAACACAAGUUCCGUCAUCUUUCCUGAUGAACCCAUAGCAUCAGUUUCGUGAACAUCAGAGGUUCCUGGUGUGGCGUGAAAUAAUACGGUAUAAUGCCGUUCACGCAAAGAUCAAGGGUGACAAAUGUGAAGAGUGACAACUGAAGGAACCCUGAUCCACCAUGGGAAACACACCAUCAAAGAGUGGCAGCGGAGAGGAACCGGUCAAAACAACUUUGUUUGAAAAAGAGCCAAGUGGGAUUACAUACAGAAUUCCUGCUCUCAUUUAUCUGAGACACAGUCAUACCUUCCUCGCCUUUGCAGAGAAAAGAUCCUCACCCUGUGACCACGAUGCCAAAAUUCUUGUUAUGAGAAGAGGAACGUUGAAAGAUGAUGGAUCUGUUCAGUGGUCGUCCAGUCAGGAGCUGUCAACAGCAUGUCUACCAAACCACCGCACUAUGAAUCCUUGCCCUGUGUAUGAAAAAAACAGCAAAACGCUGUUUUUAUUUUUCAUCUGUAUCUGGGGAAACACCACAGAGCUCAGGCAGAUCAUCACAGGUAAGAACAAGGCGCGUCUUUGCUGUGUUAGCAGCAGCGAUGAUGGGCAAACCUGGAGUCAAGCGAAAGACUUAACAGAAAGUGUGAUUGGCGAAACUAUCCAUAAGUGGGCCACAUUCGCUGUGGGUCCAGGCCACGGUGUUCAGCUGGAGAACGGCAGAUUGAUCAUCCCAGCGUACACCUAUUAUGUCCCUUACAGAUGCUGUUCCUUCCCCAUUCCUUUUACGGUCUACCCACGUGCACUGUCAGUAUAUAGUGAGGACUUUGGCCAGACAUGGCAUAUAGGCAAGAUGCUUAGAAAAAAGUCAUGUGAAUGUGAAAUGGCAGAGAUCAUAGACCACGAGGGCAGGAGUCAUCUUUACUGCAAUGCUCGUAACGCUGGAGGCCACAGAUGUGAGGCCCUGAGUGAAAACAGCGGUGUGUAUUUUGACAAACCCCACAGUGCUCCAGAGCUUGUCGAGCCACCUUCAGGCUGUCAAGGCAGCAUCAUUGGCUUUCCUGCUCCUGAAUUUGUCCCGAAUGAUGACACUGAAAGCAAAGCGUGUGGCACAUCGCUCUUGUCUCCAGACACACAAACCUGGCUCCUCUUCAUCCACCCAACUAACAAGUCUAGUAGAAGGGACAUGGGCGUGUAUUUGAACCGAUCCCCCCUGCACUCAUCAGGAUGGGACAGGCCCAGGAUCAUCCACAGGGGACCCAGUGGCUACUCAGACCUGGCCUAUAACGGAGACAAGGAUCAGUUUUCGUGCCUGGUGGAGUGCGGCAAAGAAAGUGAACUUGAGCAGAUUGCGUUCAUGUCGUUUACCCUUAAUGAUGUCAUGCAGACGGGCAGUAAGAAAGAAAAGAAGAUGCGUUGAAUUGUGGUUGCGUUGAAUUUUUUUCUGUAUUAACAAAGCUCUCUAACAUUCGCCCGCAACCUAAAGAUCCAAGCAAAAGCCACUAAAUAUGCUGUGCAGUAACAUCUGUCUGUGUUUACUGUCGUUCUACAUUCUGGAGAUGAUAAUGCAUGUAUGAGUUGUGUGUUUUUUUUGUCUCCUUGUUUACACGAAAAAGUAAUUCAAGUCUUAAUAGUAUUAAUAUGCAACCAGCUGUAUAAGGAAGGAAACUAUUUUAUAUUGGUUGGCUGGCUGAUUUCAAGCAUGCUGUGCUGGACUGUGGUCGUUAAAACAGGCUUUGUGUGUAGCAUGUUUGACAAGUACUUCAUACCCAUUUCUGCAUCUUAUUAAACUGUCAGUAUUUUCUGAGCAGUGGAGAGAAUUUGCCUACCUCUUUAUUUUCAUAUGAAGAUCAUAGCAGGCCUUGUAAAGUAGAGCGUAGAGUUUCCUCCAUGCUCAGCCUCUCCUUUACAUUUAGUAUACUCUGAUUCACAUAUGCCUUCUACUCCACUGUUUAAACUUAAGCUGUGCCACAGCCUGUCAGUGCGCUGCCUUUUCUGUAGGUCACAGUGGGGGCCACAAAACUGGACAGAAAAGAUAAACAUUUACGUUUUACUUGUUACAUCCAGCUAAUCAAUGAAGAGACCAACCAAACUGUACUAUGAGUAGAUGGAUUAAUACAGAGAUACUUUCUGCAAGCUACUUUGUACUGUACACUGAUUACUAUUACUUUCAUUUCAAAAGCAAUAUUUCACUUUAUUAUGUUAUUUACUUAUUUACUUUGUGUUUUCAGGCGCAUUUAGCAUGAUUUCUGAGCAGGCUUUUCACCCCAAUCAUUAUUCUUUAAGUGCAGGAGUAUGACCAGGUAUGAUUGGCUGGCUGUUAGUUAUCAAAUUAAAGCAUGUAACAGCAGAUGAAGACUCACCAUUUUAAAGCCACUUGGAAUUUGCACACACAAAACCGUGUACUGAGCGACUUUAACAACCAUCUUUGCCUACUGUGAGGCAAAAUGCCUCGAGAGGAUUCUACACUUAGUUUCAUUGUGUUUUUGUUGACUGUUGUGGAAAGUGACAAAAUCUGCAUGAAACAUGUAUUUUAGUAGAAAAUAAAAGUAACCUGUGAUCACCUGA